AUGGCUGCGAGCAACAAGGACAACGCCUUUGUCAUCCGGGAGACGACGGCCGCGGAUGCCGCCAAGCUCCCCGCCGUAGAGCGCUCCGCCGGACAGGCCUUCCGCAGCAUCCCCGAGCUGGCCUGGAUCGCGGACGACACGCCCCAGACCGUGCAGCGGCACCUGGAGCUGAUGCAGAGCGGCGUAUCCUGGGUGGCCGCGGUGGGCGAGCCCGGCGUGGUUGUCGGCUUCCUCAAUGGCCAGCUACUCGACGGCUACCUGCACAUCUGGGAAAUGUCAGUGGACCGCGAACACCAGGGCCGGGGAAUCGGGAAGCGGCUCGUGCAGGCGGCGGUCGGCCACGCCACGCGGCGCAACCUCAAGGGCCUGACGCUGACGACGUUCAUUGACAUACCGUGGAACGACGCCUUCUACAAGGCGCGUGGCUUCACAAUACUCGAGCCAGAGGAUCUUUCCCAGCAGCUGGUCAGCAUUCUCAAUGACGAGGACCGCGACGGCUUACCCCGCAAGCGACGCUGCGCCAUGAAGCUGGAGCUGCUACCGUAA